GCGUAGGGACUUUUAUGGUCGGGUAUAGGGGAAAUACCACGCAACAGAUUGGCAAUAGGUAGCCUCGUAGUGUGUGCAAGUGUAGUCAUGGCUGUCUGACAAAACAUUCGAAAUAACACGAAUUAAUGUAGUAGUUGGUUAUUAAAGGAUCAAUUCGCAUCCACGUACGUCGAGGUGUACUUGGUAGAUCAUCGUUGGGAAUAAUAAUAAAUAAGUGGAUAGAGCAAUUGUGGAUCAGGAAGGAAGUUACGGGGUUGAAGGCGCGGUGAGCGUAAGCCUGCGAGGUUCUCUUCUGAAAUCUUGUUAAAACGAGCGUCGCGUCUGAACGACCACCGACGAUCGAUUACGCAAGAUGACCAUUCUGUCGAAGAAGAAGACGAACGCCUCGAAAGAUAGACGAGAAGGAGGCAGCACUUCCGAAGUCGAUGUUCACGGAGUGCAAAACGAGCAUACCUCCGGAUCCAUCACACUGCCUAAUAGCCCAUAUCAGGUACGUGCAGCGAACGGUUUCGCAGUCGAUCUACACGGGGUUCAAACUGAUCACGGAUCUGGUUCUAUCGUUCUUACAGGGAGCUCGUAUGAGUCAAGUGUAGAUCGUCGAGAAGAUAAACAUUUUGAAGAAGGAAGUGGUCCCAGUCAUGGUAAACGCCACAGACAACGAGCAAGUCCACAUAGUGGUUGUAUUGGAAGAAAUUCACGUUCAAAACGUGAUAGAGAAAGAGAUAGGGGUCGUGAAAGAGACAGGGAGAGAGAAAGAGAACGUGAAAGACAAGCUACACCUCCCACUGCAUCUAGCAGUGGAUUACAAGCUACGGAUGGUAGUGUCAUAGCCAAUAAUCGAAUGGCUAUUGUUGGGGCUGCUGCAAAUAUAGAACAUGAAUUAGCUAAUGGAUAUAAUAGCGGCGAUGAAUAUACUGGCAGAACUGGAAAUAAUCUCACACUGGCUGAAUGGCAAGAGCGAGAUAGAUGGUUUGAGAAACGAAUGCGAAAAAUGGGAUUUAUCGUCAAAAAGAUGGGUGAGGAUGGAGCAUGUCUAUUUAGAGCUGUUGCAGAUCAAGUUUAUGGUGAUCAAGAAAUGCAUGGUGUAGUUCGGAAGCAUUGCAUGGAUUAUAUUGCUUCCAAUCAAGAAUUUUUUUCUCAUUUUGUAGCGGAAGAUUUUAGCACAUAUGUAGAUAGAAAACGACAAGAAUAUGUACAUGGAAAUCAUAUAGAAAUGCAAGCAAUGUCUGAAAUGUAUAAUCGUAGCAUUCAGUUAUAUUGCUACAGUACUGAACCAAUUAAUAUUUUCCAUACGAUGGUCGAAAGUGAUAAUGAACCGAUACGAUUGUCUUAUCAACGUGGUAGCCAUUAUAAUAGCAUAGUAGACCCAUAUAAAGCUACAAUUGGUGUUGGUCUUGGCUUACCUUCAUACAAUCCUGGUGCGGCGGAUCGACAACUUAUAUCAGAUGCAGUUCGUCAAAGCGAAGAAUUACACAUUGAGCAGAACAAUUAUUUUUGUGCACAGACGAUGCUAGAAGAUAAAAUAAAAGCAACUGACUGGGAAGCAACAAACGAAGCCAUAGAAGAACAAGUUGCCAGGGAAAGUUAUUUGCAAUGGUUAAGGGAUAAUGAAAUGCGAAAAGCUGUAAAUGAUUCGGUAAGAUACAAUAAAAGGUCUCCGCAACACCAGUCAACACAAGGAUCUACCAUGUCUCACCUUGCCUCAGAUUUUGAAUCUAAAAUCUCUCAGGAACCUGUACCAGGUAGUAGUAAAGAGGCUCAUGCUUCACCGGAUAUCUCGUUAUUCAAUCGUCUUCCUCCCGAAGUAUUUGGUUUGACUGAUUGGGAAGACAGUGACAUACUCUCGCAAGUUUUGGCUACAUCACAGCAGGAAUAUUUAGACAGCUUGAAACAAUCACGGAGUUCUGCCUCUUCUGGAAAUGAUACUAACAAUAUACUAGAUUCCAGUAAUAGUUAAUUUUUAAAAUCGUUAUUGAUAAAGUUCAAAAGAAUACUGAAGCAAAAGUAUAUGCAUUUGUAUGCAGCGUUUUUCAUAGGAUGUGAUAUAUCCGAAAAAUAAGAUAGUUCUAAAUCAAAAAAAUGAAGCAAUUCUUAGUGUUAUCACAUGGUCAUUAGUCACUAAGAGACAGUUAUGUUGAAUGCAUGCCUAAUAAACUUAAUUACCGGCUGCAAAUCGUAUCGCAUUGAUUUCUGCUAAAGUCAUUACGUAUUUCAAAUCAGAUUCGAGUUCCAAAGAAGUGGUUGGAUUAUAACUUUACCAAAUAUUAGCACAAGUGUUUAAGUGUUUAAGUUUAUUCAGGAUGCAUCUGCUUUUCUCCAUUAAUAACAAGAAAUUUAAUCAACAAAGAAAUGAUCACGUAAAAGCAUCAAGAAUUGUUUUCUUCAGUUAAAACGUCUUUGGUUUGACGUAUGAGUUUGAUAAUGCAUCUUAUGGGAUACUCUGUACAUACUGCAGUAUCAUCUAAUUCUGCAUUGCACUAGGGUAUAAGGUGGUUUGCUUUUUUCAUUGGAAAUAAAUGUUUGGUGAGCAUCGUUCAAUUCAAGAAUUGUUAAUGUGUGCACGAGUGCUCUAAAACAGAGUACAUACAUCGCGUUAACGUGCACACUUUUUGAAAAAUUAGAGUAGCCAUAUUGUUUUGCCAGCAGUGUUUCACCUUAUGGACAGGAACUUUUUUACGAUCAAGUCUUAAAAAAUAACCCUUUUUUGUCGUUGUCCAUCUAUAUUAAAUUGUCUGCGUGUUCUUGAAUGCAGCAUUUACUAUUGUGAAUUAUGCAAUUCAAUCAGGUCAACUGCGUCACUACAUCCUUUUUUGUGGUAUGAUAUAAUACAUCUAAACGCUUUAGGAAAAAAAAUCUUUAUUGCGUUAUUUGUAAAAAAAGAAGAAUAAAACUACUACAUGUAAUUUAAUGCCCGAAUUUUCCCUACCUUUGCAUAUGUGCUUUCGUUAAUACAUAUGUAUAGAGAAUGUUUGCUAACGAAUCUUAGAGACUUUAAAUAGUAUUAAAACAAUACUUUAUAAAUUGUGAGCAAACAAGAAUGCGUUUUUGUAAACACUUUUUAUGAAUAAUAAUAAAUCCACAAUCUAUGCACAUCA